AUGCAGCAACCAGAAGAGGGGGCGCUCGCCGUGAGUAAAGUUGGGGAGGUUAUCGCUGCGGAGACCGAGAAACGUGCCGAUCGGGUAGAUUAUGCAAGUGCAGAUCAGUCCCUUACUCCAAACGAGACGGAGAUUGCAGAAAAGACUGCUCUGUCAAUAGAUGAAGAUGCAACCUUUGCGCACCUCCCCGAACAUGAGAAAGCAAUUCUCAAAAAGCAGCUUGAUGCGCCCGUGGUCAAAAUUUCCUUCUUCGGGCUAUAUCGAUAUGCAUCCAAGCUCGAUCUCCUCAUCAUCGCCAUCAGUGCUCUCUGCGCCAUUGUCGCAGGUGCAGCUAUGCCUUUAUUUACAAUCCUUUUUGGUUCAUUAGCAUCGGCAUUUCAAGGCAUCGAGCAGAAGACAAUUAGCUAUGAUGCCUUCGUUCAUGAACUCGACAAAAAUGUCCUCUAUUUUAUUUAUCUGGGAAUCGCCGAGUUCGUCACCGUCUAUGUUAGCAUGGUAGGAUUUAUCUAUACUGGAGGUCAAGUUACCCAAAAGAUUCGCGAGAAUUACCUCAAAGCUAUUCUGCGCCAAAACAUCGCCUAUUUCGAUCAACUUGGUGCUGGUGAAUUGACCACCCGCAUCACAUCCGACACCAACCUCAUCCAGGACGGUGUUUCCCAGAAAGUGGGCCUGACCCUGACGGCCCUGGCCACUUUUGUCACGGCUUUUGUUGUGGCAUAUGUGAAAUAUGCGCGUCUCGCAGGCAUCUGCACAUCCACCGUUGUCGCUUUGACCCUUGUCAUGGGUGCAGGAUCUCAGUUCAUUAUCAAAUAUAGCAAACUAUCCCUCGAUAAUUACGGCGCCGGAGAUACGGUAGCAGAGGAAGUCAUCAGCUCGAUCCGGAUUGCCACAGCUUUUGGAACACAGGAAAAAUUGGCAAAACAAUAUGACUCGCAUCUGAGUCUAGGCGAGAAAUACGGAAUUCGCCUACAGAUAUCCUUGUCCUUGAUCAUCGGCCCUAUGUUCGCCAUCAUGUUUUGGAACUAUGGCCUCGGCCUUUGGAUGGGUUCACGUUAUCUGGUAGCGCACCAGGUAAAUGUUGGUCAGAUCUUGACAGUCUUGAUGGCUAUCUUGAUUGGAUCAUUUAGUUUGGGUAAUGUAAGCCCCAACGCCCAGGCAUUUACCAGCGCCAUCGCUGCCGCUACCAAAAUUUUCAAUACGAUCGAUCGGGUUUCGCCAGUGGAUCCUACGUCUACAGAGGAGGGUGUAAUCUUGGAUAAUGUGGAAGGAAACAUUGAACUUCGAAAUGUUAAACAUAUCUACCCGUCUCGCCCAGACGUCACGGUUAUGCAUGAUAUGUCGUUGUUUAUCCCCGCUGGAAAGGUUACCGCGCUCGUUGGUCCGUCCGGUUCGAGUAAAAGCACUGUAAUGGAUCUUAUUGAGAGGUUCUAUCUUCCAGUUGGUGGGACGGUGCUUUUGGAUGGUCAUGAUACCCAGACAUUGAAUCUACGCUGGCUCCGUCAACAAAUUGCCCUCGUCAGUCAAGAGCCGGUACUUUUUGGAACAACAAUUUACAACAAUAUCCGCCAUGGACUUAUAGGAUCCAGAUUUGAGAAUGAGUCAGAGGAAAAAAUUCAAGAGCUUGUGGAAAAUGCGGCGCGCAUCGCUAACGCUCAUGGCUUUAUCUCUGCACUUCCCCAAGGCUAUGAGACCAGCGUGGGUGAAAGAGGAUUCCUUCUCUCUGGCGGACAGAAGCAAAGAAUUGCAAUUGCUCGUGCCGUUGUAUCGGAGCCAAAGAUCCUGUUACUGGAUGAAGCAACCUCAGCUCUGGAUACUAAGUCAGAAGGUGUUGUCCAAGCUGCGAUUGACCGGGCCAGUCAGGGACGGACAACCAUUGUCAUUGCGCAUCGUUUAUCUACGAUCAAAACUGCGCACAAUAUUGUCGUCCUACUCAAUGGCAGAAUCGUGGAGCAAGGUGUACACGAUGAUUUGAUCCAAAUGGAUGGGCCUUACUCUAAACUGGUUGAAGCACAGCGUAUCCGCGAAGAGAACACGGCUGAUAUAGCCGACCAAAACAAUGGCUAUGAUUCCGAAGAUUCCUCCAGAAUCAAGGAUCUCGUGCAUAUACAAUCUGCCAAUAGUGACUCAAUUUCACAGAAGGAUCAGACCGCAUCCAACCUAUUCGAGAAGGAUAUUCGUCGAGUAGAUUCUCGAAAAUCGACCACUGAACCCAUAUUUGCCACUGGAGACCCUGACUUUGCACCAAAAUACUCUCUUUGGACUUUAAUCAAGUUCAUCGCCUCGUUUAACAAGCAAGAAUGGCGCUGGUUGAUCGUUGGCCUGAUAUUUUCUUGUCUGGCAGGUGGUGGUCAGCCCGUCCAAGCAUAUCUCUACGCCAAGGCUAUCAGCGUUCUCUCGUUACCUGAGUCCAUGUAUGAACAACUUCGACAUGAUGCCAACUUCUGGUCAUUGAUAUUUUUCGUCAUCGGUAUCGUCCAACUAAUCACAUUCGGAACCCAUGGGAUUGCGUUUGGUAUCUGCUCCGAGCGUCUGGUUUCCCGCUCUCGCAGCAAAGCUUUCCGAAUGAUUCUCCGGCAGGAAAUCAGCUUCUUUGACAGAAGUGAAAACACAACAGGUGCCUUGACAUCGUUUUUAUCAACCGAAACGAAAUUUCUGGCUGGUAUUAGUGGACAAAACCUUGGAAUGAUAUUGAUGACAUCUACGACGCUGAUAGCCGCUAUGUGCAUCUCGCUCGCAUUCGGUUGGAAACUGGCUCUCGUCUGUAUCUCCACAUUACCGGUACUACUGGGCUGUGGCUUUUACCAAUUCUACAUGCUUGCUGCGUUCGCGCAAAAGUCUAAAUCUGGCCAUCAGGAUUCAGCCUCCUACGCCUGUGAAGCCACUUCGUCGAUUCGAACGGUAGCUGCUCUUACUCGCGAACAGGACGUGUGGAGCAAUUAUCACAAUAUACUGCAAGCGCAAAGCCGGGCAAAUCUCCUCUCCGUUGUGAGAUCAUCUAUUCUCUACGCUGCCUCUCAAGCUCUUGUCUUUUUCUGCGUCGCACUUGGCUUCUGGUAUGGCGGUACGCUACUAGGGCGUGGUGAGUAUACUGUUUUCCAAUUCUUCGUUUCUUUCUCCGAGGUCCUCUUUGGCGCGCAGUCCGCUGGUGCCGUAUUUUCCUUCGCUCCGGAUAUCGGGAAAGCGAAAAACGCUGCCUUCGAGCUUCGGAAGCUAUUUGAUAUUCAGCCAAAGAUCGAUACAUGGUCCACCGAAGGCGAGGUCAUCAAUAACGAAAAUGGAGAACAGUCGGGCGCGAUCGAGUUCAAGAACGUCCACUUCAACUAUCCGACCAGGCCCAGCCAGCCGGUCCUCCGGGGCUUGAAUCUCAGUGUUCAACCGGGCCAAUAUAUCGCUCUGGUGGGGCCAAGUGGAUGCGGAAAAAGCACAACCAUCGCGCUGCUCGAGCGCUUCUAUAAUGUUACCUCUGGGGAAAUUCUUAUCGACGGAAAAAACAUUGCCGAUAUCAAUAUCAACUCGUACCGGAGCCAGUUCUCGCUUGUUAGCCAAGAGCCCACCCUCUAUCAAGGCACGAUCAAAGAAAACAUCAUGCUUGGCGUCAACCACACCGACAUCUCAGAAGAUGAAAUCGUCCAGGUCUGCAAAGAUUCUAAUAUCUAUGAUUUCAUCAUGUCUCUUCCAACCGGUUUCGACAGCGUCAUCGGAACGAAGGGAAUCAUGCUAUCGGGCGGCCAAAAACAGCGCGUGGCUAUUGCCCGUGCACUGUUGCGGAAUCCGAGGGUUUUGUUAUUAGAUGAAGCCACAUCGGCACUUGACUCACAAUCCGAAAAGAUCGUUCAAAACGCCUUGGAUGCAGCGGCUCGUGGCCGGACUACGAUCGCAGUUGCUCACCGACUUAGCACCAUCCAGAAAGCCGACAUGAUCUAUGUAUUUGAUCAGGGUAGGAUCAUUGAACAGGGCACACAUCAUGAGUUGCUGCGCCAGAAAGGCCACUACUACGAGCUUGUCAAUCUCCAAAGUCUGGGGAAAGCUCAUUAA